AUGGCAUACCGUUUUCCAUUCGAAUGCGAGCCCUUCUACAUGCGCCCCCUCUUGAUGACCAAGUCUAUUUUCGGUGCAUUCUUCACAAUUUUGAUCUACUUCGUGAUCCCAAUAGCUGUGGCACUGGUCAUAAUAUUAGCCAUUGCGUUCGUGUUAUUCGCGAUACUUGCCGUGUUGUUUGGCUGGGGUCCGAGUCUUGAUGAGAUUAAAGCGAAGAGAGAGAAAGAAAAGAGCGAGCGAGAACAGAAAGAGCGUGAUCAGGAAGCAAACCAGGGUGAUCAGAAGGACAAUCAGGGUGAUCAGAAGGGUAAUCAGGGUGAUGAGAAGGAAAAGCAGGCAAUCCCAGAUGCAUACCGGUUUACCGCUCCUCUGCCCGCAACUGCGAGUGGCUUCGGUGGUACAUACGACCUGACAAGGCGUCUUGAGAUUGAGCUUGAACUUCUUGGUGAGAUGGUAGUUGCCAGGAAGGAGAGGUUGGCGGCUUUGAAGAUGACGCAUUCUGGGGAUGAUUCUUCGUAUUUGGAGGUCUUGGAGAAGCUUGAAUAA